GUUAGGAGGUAGGUAGGUAGGUACAUCUAUUGGUACCUGUCUGGCAACUAGGCGGCAGGGCAGUCACGUAAUGGAGGUGGGCUGGCCAACCCUUUCCCGCCUGAGACUGAGAGCUUCCACCCGAUCUGCUGCUCCCCAAGAGCUUGCGCAAAGCUCAAACUCCAUCCGCCACUCCCACUUCGACGUCCACCACAACCUCAGCGUCACCGUUUCUCGUCUUACCCGUCCAACUUUCGCCGACUCUUACCUUGUCCCGCCCCCAGCGACAGCUGAAGGCUACCGAGUCUACGAUAUAAGCAUUGCUAAAUUAAUAUCGGCUACCGGGCGGCGUCCUUUCGACGAUAUCUCGAGCAGCACCACCGGGGCCCUCCUUUUUCCCUGACCUCUUUCUCACUUGUAUCUGCGCUCCGGACCUGCCACCGUCGACUACCAUGGCGCCGAACAGCGACCAGAACAAACCGGCCGACAAAGGGAAGGGCAAAGCCGUUGACAGCCAAGCUAAAGAUGGGCAACCUCCAGUUAACGGCAAGGAGGAAGGGGACAAGGUCGAUUCCACCGAGGAGCUGAGCGAAGAAGACCAGCAACUGAAAACCGAACUCGAUAUGAUUGUUGAGCGGUUAACUGAGCCUGAUGCUACUCUCUACAAAGCCUCGUUGGAGGCUAUGAAAACCUUCAUCAAGACCUCGACAUCCUCGAUGACGGCGGUACCGAAACCUCUCAAGUUCCUUAGACCCCACUACGAGACCAUGACACAGCUUUAUGACCAGUGGCCCGAAGGUGAUGACAAAUCGUCACUAGCAGACGUUCUGUCAGUCAUAGGCAUGACCUUCUCAGACGAAGACCGUCAAGAUACCCUCAAGUACCGCCUGCUAUCACCGACUCAGGACAUCGGGUCAUGGGGCCACGAAUACGUGCGCCACCUGGCCCUGGAAAUUGGUGAGGUAUACGGCAAGAGGGUCACUACGGAAGAGCCUGUCAAGGACUUGGUGGAUCUUGCCCUGGUCCUUGUUCCGUUAUUUCUCAAGAGCAAUGCAGAGGCCGACGCGGUGGAUCUCAUGAGUGAGCUCGAAAUUAUCGAGGAGCUGCCAAACUUCGUCGACGAGAACACAUACUCUCGUGUCUGUUUGUACCUUGUCAGCAUGGUCAACCUCCUAACCUACCCAGAUAACGAGCAAUUCCUUCGAACUGCCCACGACAUCUACAAGACUUACAACGAGCUUACCCAAGCCAUGGGAAUUGCCAUCAGGCUGAACGAUCUGGACUUGAUUACGGCUGACUUCGUGUCCACCGAUGACCCGGCUUUGAAAAAGCAAAUGGGUUUUUUGAUCGGCCGCCAAAAGAUAUGGGUCGAUGUUGUUGAUAACCAUCUGUCGGAUGAAGACAUGCAAGAAACUGAGGAAGCCAUCUGCAACAUCAAGCUAUCCGAGUACUUCAAGACGCUAGGCAAGGAAUUGAAUAUUCUCGAGCCCAAAACCACUGAAGAUAUCUACAAAAGCCACCUCGAAAGCAGCCGAGUCGCCGGCAUGACGAACCUCGACUCCGCACGGCACAAUCUUGCCGCUGCAUUUGUCAAUGCAUUCGUCAAUGCCGGCUUUGGCAAGGACAAGAUGAUGCUUGUUGCGCAAGAUAAAGAAAGCUGGGUUUGGAAAACCAAGGACGAGGGCAUGAUGUCAACGGUUGCUUCGCUCGGCACUCUUCUCAUGUGGGACGUGGAGAGCGGGCUAGAUAAGACUGAUAAGUAUACCUACGCCUCGGAGCCUCAGAUUAUGGCUGGUGCUAUGCUAGCCAUCGGUAUUAUGACGUCUGGCGUGCGUCUGGAUAGCGACCCAGCCCUGGCCCUGCUGGGGGACGCAGACAGACUGGAGCAUAAAAGCCCCCUAGUGCGGGUCGCCGCCAUCAUGGGCCUUGGUCUCUCUUAUGCCGGUUCUCAUAAGGAGGAGUUGCUCGACGUUCUACUGCCUAUCGUUGCCAACCCCGAUAACGACAUGCAGAUCUCUGCAAUGGCAGCACUAUCUUGCGGCAUGGUUUUCGUUGGUUCCGGCAAUCCUGGUGUCAGUGAGGAAUUGAUGGGAGUUCUCCUGGAUGAGGACCGUGGGAAUCAGCUUUCCGAUAAAUGGAUCCGUUUCCUAGCCCUUGGCCUCGGGCUUCUCUUUUUCGGCCGUCAGGAAGAAGUCGACGUCAUCUUGGAGACGCUCAAGGCGGUUCCCCACCCCAUGAGUCGACCAACCGCCAUCCUCGCGGAAGUCUGUGCCUGGGCGGGUACCGGUGCUGUGCUCAAGAUCCAAGAAUUGUUGCAUAUCUGCAACGAGCACAUCGAGGCGGAGUCGGAUGAGAAGAAGAGCGAAGAAUUGACGCAGAUGUAUGCGGUUCUCGGAAUCGCUCUAGUCGCCAUGGGCGAGGACGUCGGACAAGAAAUGGUGUUGCGGCAAUUUGGCCAUCUGAUGCAUUACGGCGAGGCAAACAUUCGGCGCGUCGUGCCCCUGGCCAUGGGUCUCGUCAGCCCUAGCAACCCGCAAAUGAAGGUCUACGACACGUUAUCCCGAUACAGUCAUGAUAACGACAACGACGUCGCAAUAAAUGCAAUUUUUGCCAUGGGUCUUCUAGGCGCUGGAACAAACAACGCCCGAUUGGCCCAGCUCCUACGACAAUUAGCCAGUUACUACCACCGGGAUCAGGAGUCACUCUUCAUGGUCCGCAUCGCGCAAGGUCUACUGCAUAUGGGCAAGGGUACAAUGACCCUCAACCCCUUCCACACCGAUCGGCAGAUCCUAUCACGAGUGGCCACUUCCGGGUUGCUCGCUGUUCUUGUCGCCAUGAUAGAUGCCAAGCAGUUUAUCACUUCCAAUUCUCACUAUCUUCUAUACUUCCUUGUUACCGCCAUGCAUCCUCGCUUUCUCGUCACACUUGACGAAAACCUUAAGCCGCUGACAGUCAAUGUGCGCGUCGGUCAGGCCGUUGACGUUGUUGGCCAGGCCGGCCGACCCAAGACUAUUACGGGAUGGCAGACGCAGAGCACCCCCGUGCUGCUGGCGUAUGGGGAGCGAGCAGAGCUCGAAGACGAGGAGUAUAUAAGCCUUAGCAAUACGCUCGAGGGUCUAGUUAUUCUCCGUAAGAACCCGGAUUGGGAGGACGGGAAAUGAAGUAGGGGCUAUGACUAGUGGCAGCGGCCUUACCUGGAAUUGCCCUAGAGUUCAACAGGCAGCGGACGAAAAUGUACUAUUAAACAAGCAAUACAGCGCCAGGCAUCGCAGAUAGAGAGCGACGUGGCUUGGUUUCCCUCAAUAGAUGACGGGAACUGUCGGGCCCCAGGGUUUUUAACGUUUCAAUGCGUGUGGUCUCUACCUGAGGAUUGUUCACCCCAACCUGCAUGCAUCAACAUACCUAUCAAUUUCCAUCCUAACCUCAGGAUAACAUUUGCAAAGACAAAUAAAAUAUAAGGGCUAGCUUGCUAGCCCUAUUUCUAUGACAAGGAUCGUACCUGUAAUCCAUGUCCCGCGUCACCUCUUCGGCGGCCUACCGUUCUUGGCCCUCUGCUUCUCCUUGAGUACCCUCGCCUUGCGAAUGUCAUCCGCAUUCUUUAUCUCCUUCCGGCUGCCGCCGCCGUCCCGGAAGCGCCCCACGCGUUUCUCCCGGGCCUCGGCCACGCGCUUCUUGCGCGCGUAAUAGUCGUCACGGUACUUGUCGGCCUCCUUGGGCGCCUUCUGCUGCCUGUGACGGUAGUGCUUGGCGGGGUCGGAGGAGGCGGGCAGGGUCGCCGCGCCGCGCCUCUCGGGCUCGCCGGGGCGCGGGGCGC